CCAUCUCAGUAGAGCUGUGAAUUUCCCUCUAUAAAUAGUUGCUGUGGAGACUGUGGAGCCACAGCAGGCUGACAGACCUGCUGCCAAGGAAGCUGGGGGAGGCAGGGAGAGGCCAGCAGUAAAGUGAACCCACCGCAGCUGUCCUAGGCCUCCUGCUAUCCCGCAGCCAAGGGUUGUUCCCAGAAGCAGCGCUGUGAUCCGAUACCCUGCCCUGCUCCUCACCACGUCCAUCCCACAAUGCAGAAGAGUUUGGUCUCCCCGGGGCAGCGCAGACUAAAAGGAGAGCAGGACCAGCUGGUAUCUCACUUUGAGGAGCUCCAGAACGAGCCAGAUGACAAAGGGAGCAGCCUGGCCCGCGAGCUGCUGCAGGGAGUAAAGCACUGAAGAUCACAUCACCCGUGCCCCACGACGUUCCCCACUGCCUCUGUCACCUGGUGCCAGGAUCUGCUGCAAGGCUGGGCCAUGGAGGAGCGGGUGCAGGAAGAGGUGCCAGCAGCCCAGCGCACAGGAGGACACCACCCCGUGCAGGAAGGAGAGGUGUUCAACAUGCGGUACCAGGCCCUGCACAAGCUGGGCUGCGGCGCCUUUGCCACCGUCUGGCUGUGCCAGGACAUGAGGAGGAAGAACCAGGUAGCUGUGAAGGUCCUGAAAAGCAGGGAGAGCUUUGCUGAGGCUGCCCAGGAUGAAGUCGCUCUCCUCCACUGUGUGAGCAGUAUGAAGAGGAAGGACCGGGCAGGAGAAAACAUUGUCUGUUUGUUAGAUGACUUCAGAAUGAUUGGAGAGAACGGCUUCCAUGUAUGUUUGGUAUUUGAGGUGCUGGGUCCUUCCCUGCGAUGUCUGAUGGGUAACUACACAGCCCAAGGACUGCCUUUGCCCUUUGUGAAAAAGUCUUUACAGCAGGUGCUGGCAGGGCUGCAGUUCCUGCACCAGCGCUGCCGCAUCAUCCACGCAGACAUCAAACCUGAGAACCUCUUGCUGUAUGGACGCAACCAAAGCCUCCAAAGGCUUCUGCCCAACAUGCUUGACUGCAGCCAGAGAACAGAUUUGAGGAGAAAGGGACCAGAUGGUGAUCUUGGCAGUCGAUUGGAAGAAUCUGAUUUAAUGAGCAUAGAAAUGAAAAUUGCAGAUCUGGGCAGCGCAUGCUGGACAUACAAGCCUUUUUCCAAGGAGAUACAGACCCAGCCAUACCGUGCCCUGGAAGUGCUUCUCGGAUUAGACUAUGGCACCCCUGCAGAUAUCUGGAGCACGGGCUGCCUGGCAUUUGAAAUGGCAACUGGAGACUGCCUAUUUGAUCCUCAACCUGGGAAAUAUUUCUCCAGAGAUGAUGACCACGUUGCUCGUAUUAUUGAGCUCCUGGGAAGAAUUCCUCCUCAAAUUGCUUUGUCCUGGAACAAGUCAACUAAAUUUUUCAGCAGGCCAGGUGCUCUUCUGCGGCUCUCCAGGCUUUCCCCCCGCAGUCUCCACAGCAUCCUGCAGGACCGACACCAGUGGACUCGAGAGGCGGUGGCUCCCUUCGCCGGCUUCCUCCUGCCCGCGCUGCACUACUCGCCCCAGCGCCGCGCCACAGCGGCCCAGUGGCUGCGGCACGCCUGGCUGAGCGCCCCGUGA